AUGAUGGAAACAUUGCCAACAAACCAGACCCUCCUCGAGGACCCGUCCCUCUGCACCCUCGACACAUGCCCGCUUUCCAUGGCCUCCUUCGAAUAUAUCCCCAAGCUGUGGGCGCAGAUCCUGUUCAUGGCGCUGUUCGGCUUGGCCUUCGUCGUCCAACUCUUCCUCGGCAUCCGAUACAAGACAUACACGUUUAUGGUUGCGAUGGUGCUAGGCCUGGCAGGAGAAGUGGUUGGGUACGGCGGCCGAGUCUCGCUUCACGAUAACCCGUUUAACGACGACGCGUUCUUACAAUACUUGGUCUCGCUCACGAUCGCCCCCGCGUUCCUGACGGCGGCGAUCUACCUCACGCUCUCGCGGAUCGUCGUCGCGUACGGCGAGCGUAUCUCCUUCUUCAAGCCCAGAACAUACACGAUCACCUUCAUCACGUUCGACUUCAUCGCCCUUCUUCUUCAAGCGGUCGGCGGCGCCAUUGCUUCUACUGCCGACGACGACGAUAGGGAUAUGACCGACCUCGGCAUCAACAUCAUGAUCGCCGGUCUGGCAUGGCAGGUUGCCAGUCUGCUCAUCUUCAUUGCCAUGUCCACCUAUUUCUUCCUGCGCGUGCGCAAGGCCCCGGGGGCAGACUUAAACCUUAACUUUGACACCCUGCGCCGAAGCCGCUACUUCAAGGGUAGUCUAUGGGGUCUCUCCAUUGCCACGAUUGUAAUCCUCGUCCGGUCGAUCUUCCGAUGCGCCGAGCUGUCGGAGGGAUUCGACGGCGAAUUGGCCAACGAUGAAGUUACAUUUAUGAUCCUCGAAGCGGCAAUGAUAGGGAUCGCAGCUAUUUGCCUCACGGUCUUCCACCCCGGCGUUGUCUGGAAGGGGCAGUGGAACCAGGCGGUUUGGUCCACUCGGGGUAAGAGUGGGAAGACUUAUGCCAAGGCUUCAACUGCAGACGGGGAUUCGGAGGUUUCGUUAAGGAGCAUGGGCAUGCAGGCGCGGACGGCUUAUCCUGAGACGUCUUAUCAGCCUUACAACCCCUAG